AUGGUCUCUAGGCCAGAGCCAGAGCCAGAGCCAGAGCCAGAGCCUGUGGAGACUCCUGAGGUGAUUGAGGAGGAUCCAGAGGUGCUGGAGGAGGAGCCCCCUGUUGUAGAAGAGGAUGUCCCUGUGGAGGAGGAUCCUGUUGAGGAGGAGGCUGCUCCAGCUGAGGAGGAGCCAGUAGCUGAAGAGGUUGCAGAGGAGAUGAUGGCAGAUGAACCUGCAGAGGAGGCAGCAGCUGAAGAGGCUGUGGAGGAGGUGGAGGAAACUGUGGAGGAGGAGGCUGCUGACGAGGCCGUGGAGGAACCUGCAGCAGAGGUAGAGGCUGAGUUAGAGGAAACUGAGGAGCAGGAGGAGGCUGAGGCUGUAGAGGAGGUGGCCGAGACUGUGGAAGAGGAGAGUGCUCCUACAGAAGUAGCCGCGGAGGAACCAGCUCAAGAAGAGGAGGCUUCUCUUGCAGAGGAAUUUGCUGAGGAGCUCAGUGAACAGGAGGCAGGACCUUCAGAUGAAGCUGUCGAGGAAGCAGUAGAAGAAGAGGAGGCACCUCCUGCAGAUGAACCUGAUGAGGAGCCUGCUGGAGAGGAGCCAGCUGCUGAAGAAGCUGUUGAGGAGGUAGCAGAGGAAGAGGAGGCAGAACCUUCAGAAGAGGCUGCUGUAGAGGAGGAGGCAGCACCUUCAGAAGAGGCUGAAGAGGAGGAGGCAGCACCUUCAGAAGAGGCUGUUGAGGAGCCUGCUGAAGAGGAUGCAGAUCCUUCAGAGGAGGCAGUCGAGGAGGCUGCAGAGGCAGAGGCAGCAGACACAGAGGCUACUCCAGAAGAAGUGGAGGAGCAAACACUCCCAGAGAUGGAAGAAGUAGCACAAGAGGUAGAGGAGACAGCUGAAGAAGCAGCAGAGUUUGUUGAGACUGAGGAACAGAUUCAGGAUGAGCCCACAGAAACGUAGAGGCUGCUGUGGUUGUCGUGGUGACAGAGCAGGAACCCAUUGAUGUUGCAUCAGCACCAUCUGAGCGUGCUCAGAACGAUGAUGCAUCUCUCCACCUCCAGAGAAACGAUUGAGUCGUUAUGACAACCCCCCCCCCCCAACCCACCCACCCAUCUCUCUCCCCCUCCCUCUGUUUUCACACCUUGCUUUAACUUUUGAGAUAAUGGAUGAAAACUGUUUACUAAUAUGGUACUCCUGUUCUUACCCUUCUUGUUUUUUUGAGUUUUUGUUCACUCUUCAUUUUUUUUUCUUCUCCAGUAGAGCACCCAUUUCCAUUUUUGUUUAAGGUGGUUUAGUUCUGUGUGUGUGUGUGUGUGUGUGUGUGUGUGUGUGUGUGUGUGUGUGUGUGGCCAUGUGAGGUCUAUGUGCUCUACUUGUAUACCAAGUCUACCCGAGUCUUGUAUCAACUAUAACAGUAAUCCUGUCUUGAACUUUUAUUUUGAAGCCUCAGUGACGUGGUUUGGCUUCCUGGAGCUAAAUUCUGUUGCCAAGCAAAAUGAGGCCAAAGGUAAAAUUAGGCCACAACUAAAGACCACUGUAUUGUGUGUUUCAAAACAAUCUGAGUUAGAAGACUCUGCUCUAUAUACAAGGUCAGCCUGUGACUUUGUGGGUUCAGAGUCUUCACAGAUUCAAAGCUGGGGCAGCAAAACCAGAAAUCUUGCUCUGAACACUGCAGGAUGUUUCCCUCCUGUUGAUUGGUUUAAUGGAGGAAACAAAAACAUUUCAAAGUUCUUGUCGAAAUAAAAAAAAGCUAAAUUCUGCCCCUCUUUUAGAAAAAGCAGCACUGUUCAGCUGUGUUUCUGUCUGGUCACUGUUGAAGAUUCUAUGCAAAGCUGUCGUGAAGUCUGUCACCCUCCUCCUCUCCUCACCCCUCCUCACCCAGCCAGUUUAUUUACCACUCAGUAUGUGUCAACUCCAGGAUGAGCCAUAUGCUAGCAUGUGAACUUGGAGAGAAAGUGUGUGUGUGUGUGUGUUCCUUAUGAUGCAUGUGUUCUUGUGCUCUGACAAAUCUCUUGCUAAUCACUUCUUUCUGUGAGCAGUAAAUGUCACGAUGUAGUUUUGGAGA